UUCUCCUGUUUAUUAUAGUAUCAUUUUUAUUUUGUCUUUCAAUUCUUUGUAAGAAUAUUUGUUUCAUACUGUAUAUCAGAGUCUUUUAUUUCAUUUAAAUGGAGGAACAACCAAAUGGUUAUGUGAGUGAACUGGAGAGUGAGUUGAUUGAAUUGCUCGAAGUAGUAGUUCUUCCAGAAAUGUCUGAAAUCCAAGAGCAAUACAUCUACAAAGUACCACAAACAAUUCGCCAGAAUAAUCCACAAGCUUAUACUCCUAAAAUUAUUUCUAUCGGUCCUUUUCACAGUCCACGUGGCUCGAUUAUUGACAACAACAAUUUGUAUGAAAUGGAAGAACUCAAACUCAAAUAUCUCAAAGGAUUUCUAAAUAGAACAAAUCUAUGUGUGAAUGAUUUGGUUUUUAAAGUUCAAGAGUGGGAAAAUAAAAUUCUAAAUUGUUAUGCAGGGCUUGUUAGCUUUGACAGCAAAGAUUUCUUAAAAAUUAUUAUAGUUGAUGAAUGCUUCAUAAUUGAACAUUUUCUUAGGUACUUUAGUUACAAAGAUUGGAUGGAAACUGAUCCUAUACUUUUACAAUCUUGGUUACUUGAUGAAAUUGAACAUGACUUAGUACUCGUGGAAAAUCAGCUACCUUUUUUUGUUCUUGAAGAGAUAUAUAAAUUAGCAAAUAUAAAAUAUUGAACUUCCAUCCUUUAUUACAAUUACUAUAGAUUAUUUUCAACAAUUAAACUUAUAGAACAUAAAUCCAGAAAGACUGUGUCCAUAACAUUUCACAGAUCUUAUAAGAAUUUUUUUGCUACCAUCAUCAUUUGAUUGUGUAAAAGAAGAAUUCGGAAACACAAUUGGACAUGUAUAUAGUGAGUCAAUAAUCACAAGCAGGGCUAGUCUUUGAAGUAAGUGAAAGUGAAUGCUUACUUGACUGGAAAUUUAAUAAAGAUGUGUUUAAAAUACCAUGCCUUAAAAUCCAUGAUUCAAUAGAGACAUACAUGAGGAAUAUAAUGGCAUUUGAAGAAUGUCACAUGUUCAAUUCAAAUUCAAGAUACAUUUGUCAAUACUUCAGCAUUUUAGAUUUUCUUAUUAAUACAGAAAAGGAU